AUGACUUUAGUAUUAUCGAUUAUUUUUGUUUUAUUGACUCGUUCACUUGAUGGUAGCCUGUUUGAUCCCGAUACCAGUAAUUAUGACGCUUACGGCUUGAAAGUAGCCGCUAAUGACAAUCUCAUCGUAGAAGCCCUAAACGACUAUCAACAAUUCUACAUUCAAUUCGCUCCAUACAGCAGUAAUGUUGUUCAAUCAACUAAUUUAUUCUGUGCGAUCGAUUUCAACGCUUCAUCCCAGUACAUCUACGCCGUGGCUAUUGGUAAAAACCAGUCAUCAAGUCAACUCUAUUUUUUCUUUGUCGGGGAAUUAACAAAUAUUGAGGAAGACGAAUACUUAAAUCGAACAUUCGUGGGUAUGUUGAGUUACACUGAUAAUAUAACACUAUCAAAUGCCACCGUUGUUGACUGCGAUCAGUUCCAGUACGAUGUUAACUAUAUCACAAGUCCCCAUCCACAUCAAGAGUAUCUGACACUUGCUGUGGAUCCGUUAGGAUUAGCGGCGUACGGCUUUUCUAAUAAUUUUUCGUUUUCUUACGACGUAGAGUCACAGAACCUUAGUUGGUGGCCAGGUAGUUCUUUCUGGCCAAAUUCUACGUUUAUGCCUCAUGCUGUGGACUGUAGAGAGGAGUACGGUGUGGUUGCGGGUUUUGUUGAUAAUGGACAAAACUCUCGAAUCAAAUUUAGUCCGUUUGUGUACCUAUUUGACAUGACUGUGAGCACUGCACCGACUGUGCUAUCGUCAUGGACAUACACAGUCACUGGUACUUGGCAAGCAGGACAGACGAAUGCCGGAGCAGAUCAGUAUGCAGCUAAGUACGAUAUGUCGGUGGCGAUCAAUACUAUCGGACAGGUUCUGGUCGGCAUUCAAUCAAUGAAUUCUGUCUUUUUGUUUUCAACUAAUGGCACAACCAUGACUCUAGUAACGUGGCGAGAUAACGGAAGAUCACUCGGCUUUGGGAAAGGCGUUGCUUGGUUAGGUUUCACAGAUAUCCAAAUUAUUGGUGGUCUGCGUAUCGGUCUCUCUGGUACUGGGGAGGAAGAGGAGGACAUGAUACUCAAAGAUCUGGAGUUUUAUCAACCGUUCAAUUUAUCUGAUAAUAUACUGGCUCAGAAUGUUGAGGUAACCAUGCAAAUAACAAAAGUGGUCAAUGAAACGAUUGCUUUGAUUGGUGAUGAGUCGAAACUGAGUGAUGAGAAAAAAAGUGAAAAAGAAACAUCACCAUAUGAUAGACUUGAACAAUCGGUUGAUGAAUUUGAGGCAUUUCCCGUACCAACAGUUUAG